AUGUCAACGGCUACUGCAGGACCAUCGUCGACUGAUGCCCGUAUAGAAUCUCUUGCCAAUUCCAUGACAGAAUUCCACUACGAUCCCGUGUCUAACCUCACAUUCGACAACUGGUACAGUCGUCAUGAGGAUACCUUCCGAGUCAAUACAGCUAACCUGGAUGAUGCUGCUAAAACACGUCUACUGCUCCGCAAGCUUAGCGACGCCACUCAUGCGGAGUACAUGAACCACAUUCUCCCAAAAACAACACGAGAUUUUUUGUUCGACGAUACUGUGGCAAAGUUGAAGCAGCUCUUCAGUGCACAUGCAUCUCUUUUUUAUUUCGGUGUAUCCACGUGCAAUGUGGACGAGUUCAAGUGUCUGAUCUUCGUUUGUGGUCUACACGCACCUCAGGACGCUGAAAUUCGAACCGCUCUGCUUGCUAAGCUGGAGGGUAAUAAAUCAAUGACGCUCGACAAUCUCACUACAGAGUGUCAUCGCAUCAUCAAUCUUUGGAAAGACGUUUCAAUUGUAGGAUGUCACAGUGAGAAGGCGUCGGUCAACGCUAUCAAUCCGACGAAGUACACGAAGAAGCCAAUCGUUUCCAAACCUGCAUCGAAAAUUCCACUGACACACAACAACAACAAUCACCAAAACAAUAGUGGGAGCAACAACAAACCGAGGACGCCGUGUUGGAAAUGCGGCCAGCUACACUACGUUCGCGAUUGCCCUUUCCACGACCAUCGGUUCCGCGAAUGUAACAGUAUUGGGCACAAAAAGUGCUAUUGUCAGUGUGUGUCGUCGUGCCCAGGCAAGAAACGGAGAUGGAAACAACAAGCACCACAAACAAAUGGUAUUUAUUCCGUACGACAAGUAGCUGCUCGUGAUAAGAGAAAAUACGUCACCGUGUUUAUCAACAACAAUGAAGUUGAGCUUCAGUUGGAUUGCGCUUCAGACAUCAGCAUCAUUACUAAAGCCAACUGGGAACGAAUCGAACGUCCACCAACCAAGCCUCCGUCACAACAAGCCCGUACUGCUUCUGGUCAAUUGCUGCCGCUCAUCGCAGAGAUCGAUUGCGAUGUUAUGCUGAAAGGAGUUCAUCGUUCAGGUAAACUGUUUGUCACUAACGUUUCCAAUCUAAAUCUUUUGGGCCUCGACUUCAUCGAAAUUUUCAAUCUGUGGAAUGUUCCCCUGAGCACGCUGUUCUCCGAUACUCUUGGUUGCUGCAAUAAAACAGAAGCGAAGCUCUAUUUAAAGCCUGAUGUUCAGCCUGUUUUCCGCGGAAAAAGACCUGUUCCAUUUGCCGCGCUUGAGCUAAUCGAGACCGAGCUAAAACGAUUGGAAGAGCUGAAAAUCAUUUCGCCGGUAGAGUUUACUGAUUGGGCGGCACCCAUCGUUGCAGUUCGAAAAAAAUCUGUCGACGGCCAGCCCCAAAAAGUGAGAGUGUGUGCCGACUAUUCUAUUGGCUUAAACAGUGCCAUUGAGCCAAAUCAGCAUCCUCUUCCGCUUUCCGAGGAGAUUUUUGCAAAGCUUUCCGGUAGCAAAAUUUUCUCACACACUGGCCUGUCGGAUGCCUAUUUGCAAGUUCCGGUUGAAGAAGAUUCCAGGCAGUACCUCACGAUCAACACUCAGCGCGGGCUGUUCGAGUUUAAUCGCCUACCCCCAGGUGUUAAGUCUGCCCCUGGCACUUUUCAAAAGAUCGUCGAUGCCAUGGUAGCUGGUCUGGAAGGAGUCGAGACGUACCUCGACGACGUAUUAGUUCAUGGUAAGAACGACAAAGAACAUCGAGACCGUUUACUGAAGCUUCUGGAGCGCAUCCAGAAGUGGGGCUUCACACUGCGCAUAGAAAAGUGCUCGUUUUUCAUGCCGGAAAUCCACUAUCUCGGUUUUAUCAUUAACCAUCAAGAGAUUCGGCCCGACCCAAAGAAAACAGCAGCAAUAUGUAACAUGCCGCCCCCACACGAUCUUGAGAACGACGUCUCUGUCACCGUUGAUGCUGCACUUACUGCCCUGCCGGUAACUUUUAAACACCUUCAAGCUGCCACUAAUAAGGACAAGCUGCUUCAAAAAGUUAUUGGACACGUGCAAACUGGAUGGCCGAAAUCUAUCAAACAAACGGUCGAAUCGUUGUGCCGACAGAAUAUCAACAACCUGUACUGUCGCAGUUCAUUGCCGUUGAAAAAAGACUCCAUCGCCGUAAAAAACGUCAGCAUUGGAGCGUGCUCUUGCGGAAGCGGAGGGUUGUUUCCCCCGGCACGAUGUGAGGAGUUUUUACAAAAAGAUUAUUUGUAUCAAAAAUCGAAACGUGUCAGCCAGUGUCAUGUGCAACAACAGAAAAAGGAACCUGAUUAA